AUGGGCAGCUUCUCUGUGAAUUUCUCCCUACCAUUGAUUCUAUGCAUCUUACUGCUUCACACUCUUGCAAAAGAAAUCGAGGCUCUCGAUCCUGAUGGCCAAGCUCUAGUGAACUUUAGGACAGCUAUCGUUAGCUCUGACGGUAUUCUGCUGCAAUGGAGACCAGAGGACCCUGAUCCAUGUGGCUGGAAAGGAAUAAAAUGUGAACCCAAGACAAAGAGAGUUACAGCCUUGAGCCUUCCUAACCACAAGUUGAGUGGCCCCAUAUCACCUGAUAUUGGGAAGCUAGAUAGUCUGCAAUUUCUAGCUCUUCAUGGCAACAACUUAUAUGGGGAAAUCCCUCCAGAACUGGGAAACUGUACACAGUUGCAAUCAAUAUUUUUGCAGGGUAACUACUUAAGUGGAUUGAUUCCCAAUGAAUUGGGAAACCUAUCUCAGCUUGAGAAUCUGGACCUCUCAAGCAACUCUCUCAGUGGAAACAUUCCUGCUUCGCUUGGAAAAUUAAGCAAGCUUUCGAGUUUCAACGUGUCAACAAAUUUUCUGGAGGGACCAAUACCAUCUGAUGGUGUACUUGCCAACUUUCGUAAUGAAUCCUUCGUUGGCAAUCGUGAAUUGUGUGGCCAGCAAACCCAAGAAUGCAAGAAGAAUGGCAAUGAUUCUACAGCAUCUUCCCAGCCUACUGGUUCUGCCCAAAGCCAAGCCAAGAAGAAAUAUUCAGGCCGGCUUCUUAUAAGUGCACUUGCCACUGUGGGUGCAUUGCUUCUGGUGGCUCUUAUGUGUUUCUGGGGCUGUUAUCUGUAUAAGAGGCUUGGUAAAAAUGAUGGCAAAGUCCUUGGGGUGGACGUCACUGGGGGAGCAUCAAUUGUGAUGUUUCAUGGAGACUUGCCAUACUCUUCAAAGGACAUCAUUAAGAAACUUGAGACUUUGACAGAGGAACAUAUAAUCGGUGCUGGGGGCUUUGGAACUGUCUACAAGCUUGCUAUGGAUGACGGCAAUGUAUUUGCCUUAAAAAGGAUUAUGAAGGUAAACAAGGACUUCGAUCGGUUUUUUGAGAGGGAGCUUGAAAUUCUUGGAAGCAUCAAACAUAGAUACCUGGUAAAUCUGCGAGGAUAUUGCAAUUCCCCAACAUCAAAACUUUUAAUAUAUGAUUUCUUAUCAGGGGGCAGCCUCGAUGAAGCUCUUCAUGGUUCUAUCUUCCAUGCGGAGAGAGCCGAGCAGCUAGAUUGGGAUGCUCGUAUUAAUAUUAUUGUGGAAGCUGCAAAGGGGCUUGCCUAUCUGCAUCAUGACUGUUCCCCUCGAAUUAUCCACCGCGAUAUCAAGUCGAGCAACAUUUUACUUGAUGGAAAUUUUGAUGCUCGAGUCUCUGAUUUUGGACUGGCUAAAUUAUUGGAGGAUGAGGAAUCUCACAUCACGACGAUUGUAGCUGGCACAUUUGGAUAUCUGGCUCCUGAGUAUAUGCAGAGUGGUAGAGCUACUGAAAAGACUGAUGUCUAUAGUUUUGGCGUUCUGGUGCUCGAGAUAGUGAGUGGGAAACGGCCUACUGAUGCAUCCUUCAUUGAGAAGGGACUAAACAUUGUUGGAUGGAUGAAUUAUUUAGUUUCAGAGGACAGACGACGAGAAAUAGUCGAUCCAAACUGUGUAGCAGUUGAGACCGAGAGCCUCGAUGCCCUGCUUUCAAUUGCUAUCCAAUGUGUUUCUUCAGGCCCUGAGGACAGGCCAACUAUGCACAGGGUGGUUCAAAUACUUGAAUCUGAUGUCAUGACACCAUGCCCGAGUGACUUCUAUGAUUCCAACUCUGAUUAG